AUGUCUUCGGCUCGCUUCAUUCCUUCUUCCUAUUGCCACGAAGUCUGCGAGAAGCCGGCACCACGACCACCAGCUGCCCCAAUCGUCGAGGAGGACCCCAUAGAGGAGGAGGAGGAGGAGAUGGCUUCUACCCUGAGUGCUCCUCCACGUAUGGUUAUGACACGGGUGCCAUCGACGACCUCGCAGCCAGCUCCACCACCUCGUGUCAUGCAAAUCCGACCCGAGCCGAUCUACUCUUCGUAUGCCCAGGGCGCCGUCAUCCCUCCCGCCUACUAUAUGCAAUAUCGUCAGCCUGAACGUGUCGCUCCAUCGACCCCAAUUGCUCGUACUGCCGUUGAACAGCCAUCGACUCCGAAUGUUCAUGUGCACGAUGAUGAGACUUGUCCAUACCGGCAACAUGUGACCCCACAGAAGAUUGCAGCCACUCCCCGUCGUCGAUCCACCAACAACGCGCCACCACCACAUCAAAUUCCGCAAAUGCUUGAAGCUGCUGAAGGAUACACCUACGAGCCCUCUUCGUAUGCGCUUGGUCAACUCAACGAGCAGCUUGCCCGUGCUCCCGCUGCUCAUCCACUUGGCGCCAAGAAAUCGAUUUAUGCUCCAGUGGAACAGGAAAUCGACGCUGGCGCUCCUCCAUCAACUCCAUCUUAUGUUCAGACGACCAUGGAGACCACACAGCCUCACUCGUCUCAGGCGAAUGCUCAACUCGGCGCCCACAAGCACACUCCGAUCCAGGCACCCGAAGCUUCAACUCCACGUGGUGUCCACUUCGCUCCAUCGCAAGCUCAACCCGCCUACCCUCAAGAGACAAUCGCAAAGACGCACAAAAUGAUAGCAGCGAUGUCGGCUUAUGUGGGAGGAGUUCCCAACGAUCUCAUGGCCGCCUAUCAGACGGAAAAUCUUCCAUCCGCUUACCGGCAGAAGACGUACAAGGGCACUAAUUACUUGAACCAGCAAUCCGGUGGUCCGUCCGAUUAUCACUUCCAACACCAGCCAUCACCACAAGCUUCAACAGUCACUGCGGAUAUUCAAGAUGAUGAAAGUGCUAGUCGUUCUGGCAUGGUGCCAGCUGGUGGACAAGAUGCCGCCCUCAACAUGGAUCAGAUGGGAAUGGCUCUGGAUGAAAUCUAUUCUCAGCUCCCCGGUCACGCUUUUGCUCCUUUGAACAUGCCUCCCUGCUCGGAAUACCAAUUCGAUCAACUCCAGGAUUUGGCCAGCUGCUUC